AUGGAAGAAUACCACCAGCCCCUUUCAACCUACCUUCCCAAACAUCCCUCCAUCACCGGCGGCCUCGUCGUCUCGGUAGUCAUCAUCCACACUUCUCCCACAAACGUCGCCCGUACACUCAUCAUCCAGCGCGCGCUGAAAGAUGGCUUCCCCCUCAAAUGGGAGACGCCCGGAGGCGGGGUAGAAGACUUUGACGCGUCGAUCCUGUCAGCUGCGGCGAGGGAAGUAAAAGAAGAGACCGGGCUUGAUGUUGAUCACGAAAAGGACAUCCUGGGGACUGUGGGGGGUGGUUUCACGGAAUGGGAGGAGCCAAAGACGGGGUUGUGGUGGAGGAAGGUGGUGUUUCUGGUGAGGAUCGUCGGGGGGGAAGAGGGGCUGCCGGUGGUGAGGCUGGAGGAGAGGGAGCAUAGGGAUUGGAGGUGGGCGACUGAGGAGGAGGUGAGGGAGGGGGGGAUUGAGUUUGCUUAUGGGGAGUUGGCGAGGGGGAUACUGGAGGGAUUUGGGAAGGUGAGGGAGCUGGGCGGGAGUUGA